AAACUUUUGUUGCCAAUACAUUGAAUUUUAUUGAUAAAAUUAAGGAUACUCCAAAUUAUGGAAAGUGGCUGACAUUUGUUGAAAAACUAAAAGAAGAGUUUCCAGAUUUCCAUUUUAUUGGAGAAAAUUCUAUUGUUGCUAUUGAUGCUGUAGUUAAUGCUAUAAAAAACAAAAUUGCUAACUUUAAGCAAUCUUUAACUUAUGAAUCUUAUAUAUUGAUGCCUCUUGAACAUUUCCUCUUUCUUAAGAGUUCAAAGAACAAGAAAUCAAUGACUUUGGUGCGAAAAAUAAAAUUAAGAAUGUGUGUCUCAAAGAUUAUAAGUUACACCUGGAAGGAACACAAGAGCAAAUUAAAAAACUGGAAACAUUUAUAGAAAAUUUAAGAAAGGAUACCAGCUCACAAGAAGUGAAAUUAGAAAUGUUUAGAUUUCGAGAAUUUCUGCAGAGUGAAGAAGGAAACACUUUCUUGUGUGAAAUGCAGAAGAAAUCUGAGAGUAUAAUAUCUUUAAAUUCAGAUUUAGGAAGUGAAACAGACGGAAUACUAAAUUUUGUGUAUAAAAACUGUGAAAUAGUGUUGAAGGAAGAUGACAUCACGACUCUGGACACAGAUGCUAUUGUUAAUGCUGCAAAUGGUAAAUUGGAUCAUAAGGGAGGAAUUGCGGCAGCCAUUGUGCAGAAAGGUGGGUUUGAAAUUCAAAUUGAAUCUAACAAAAUUAUGAAUCGAAGAAGGAGUGAACUGAAAACUGGAGAAGUAGUGUCAACUAAAGCUGGAAAACUCAAAUGCAAGACUAUCAUUCAUGCUGUUGGACCCGUUUGGAAUAAUGGACGAACCCAUGAAAUUUUUUACCUUUCAAGAGCUGUUCAAAAUUGUUUGGCAUUCCUUGAAGAAAAGUCUUAUACAUCAAUUGCAAUUCCUGCCAUCAGUACAGGUAUUUAUGGUAUACCCAUAGAAGAAGGAACCAAAUGUACAGUAAAGACGAUAAAGAAUUAUCUUGAUACUCACACAAAUUCUAAAAUAAAACAUAUUUGUUUAAUUGAUGUACGGAAGGAAGUAAUCAGAGCUUUUAAGCUUCAUCUAGAAAUGGUGUUUGGAAUCAGUAAAAGCAGAGAAACCACAUCAAGCUCGUCCAUUCCUGGUCCAAGACAGGAACCAUCCUCUGUGACACCCAGAACUAAUGUGGCAUCUGGAGUAAAUCCUGGCAUCAAAAUAAACCUAAUGAUUGAUUCAAUUUCUAAUGCAUCUGUUGAUGUCAUCGUUAACAGCUCCAAUGAAGAACUCCAGCUUCACAAGGGUUCUAUUUCCAAAUCUAUUCUCAAAGCUGCUGGUUCACAGAUACAAGUUGAAUGUAACCAGAAAUAUCCUCGAGGUAUUUCUGCAUCUGAAAUAGCCAUUACUAAAGGAUAUAACCUCAAAUGUAAGAAUGUAUUUCAUCUGGCAUUACCUCCCUGGGGUGAAAAUUCUUCUGAUUCAACUCUGGCAAACUUGACUCAAAUAAUAACCAUUUGUCUGGAAAAUGCUGAGAGAAUUGGAGCAAAAUGCCUGGCAUUUCCUAUAUUAGGGGCUGGGAUAUUGAAGUACCCGAUUGAAAACCUACCCAGAACAAUGUAUGAAGCCGUGAAAAACUACUCAAACCAAAAUUCAAGCCAGAUCAAAGAUGUAGACUUUGUGGUUUAUCCUCAAGACACAGAAGUAGUAAAGGAAUUUGAUGAAUAUCUCCGAAACAGAGAAACUAAAUUAUCAAGCCCAUCCUUUCCUGGUCCACAACUGAAAACAGUCUCUAUCAUACCCAGAACUAAUGUGGCAUCCGGAGAAAAUGCUGGCAUUAAAAUAAACUUAAUGAUUGGUUCAAUUUCUAAUGUAUCUGUUGAUGUCAUCGUUAACAGCACCAAUGAACACCUCCAGCUUGACAGUGGUUCUAUCUCCAAAUCUAUUCUCAAUGCUGCUGGUCCACAGAUACAAGCUGAAUGUAACCGGAAAUAUCCUCAAGGUAUUUCUACAUCUAAAAUAGCCAUCACUGAAGGAUAUAACCUCAACUGUGAGAAUGUAAUUCAUCUGGCAUUACCUCCCUGGGAUGAAAAUUCAUCUGAUUCAAUAUUGCGAAACUUGACUAGCAUGGUAGACACUUGUCUAGGAACUGCUUCAUGUCUUAGUGCAAAAAGCCUUGCAUUUCCUAUAUUAGGAGCUGGAGUAUUGAAAUAUCCCAUUGAAAAACUACCUGGAACUAUGUAUGAAGCAGUCAAAGAGUCACCUCGAAAAUACGAUAUCAAAGAUGUUUACUUUGUUGUUUUCCCUAAAGACACAGAAAUAGUAAAG